GCCUUGAAAAAAAAAAAAUGCAGCGUUCUUAGUUUGAAGACCACCAAACGUGUAUCAACAUAUUAUAUGGAAGGCCCUCCACAAAUUUCAUGGGCUACACCACAAGUGCAUGCGAUUAGUGAUGAGCGCGGUCAUUUGAGGUGACUUUGGGAAGCGGAACCUGAAGGUGCGCGUUUUGGAAGGUUUUUCCGUUAAAGCAGCCACAGCUUCCUGGCGGAGAUUUGCUCCAGAACAGACAUGGUUUGUUCUCUAUGUUGGAAGGUGCCCAAUGUUGGAAGGUUGAACACUGCUUUCCUGCUCCUCCUCCUCCUUUCCUUCCACGUCGACCACUCAUUGGGCACCGACUACAACAUUGGAAGCCGCUGCAUUUUCACGGCCAAUUACACGGCCGGAGGUGUGUUUGAAGACAACAUGCGCAAGGUCUUCUCCGCCCUGGUAAACGAUACCCCUCCGGUUGGCUUCUCCAACGCCACGGCGGGCGAAGGAUCGAAAAGGGUUUAUGGCCUGGCUCAGUGCAGGGGCGAUAUUCUUCCGGACGACUGCAAGUUCUGCAUCUCUGGUGCCACCCAAAAUAUCGUCGGAUUCUGUCCAUACAAUAUGGAUGCCAGCGUAUGGUAUGAAAAGUGCCAGCUGCGCUACUCCAACACCAACUUCUUUGGUCUCCUAAAUUAUGAUUCUUCUGCGUCUUGGUGUUCAACAACUGGUAGAGUGACGGAUACUGAAACAUUCAACGAGAUGUUGGGGAGAUUGCUGAAGAAUCUGACUUCCCAAGCGACAACAGAUCGUUCAAGGUCUAUGUUUGCCGUAGGCAACAUUCCAUACAUCGAUCAAGAGAGGAUCUACGGGCUGGUGCAGUGCACCAGGGACAUCAGACUUGCUGAUUGCAAGGUGUGUUUGGAUAGCACCAUCUCCCGAAUCCCAUCCACUUGCUCUGAGGAACACGGCGGUGAAAUUACUGCGGGAAGCUGCCGUGUGAGGUACGAUACGCAGCUUUUUUACGAUGCCACAGCAACUCCAACCCCAACCCCAUCUUCAUCAAACAAUACGUCAGGCCAUCCUCUCUCUCCAACCCCACCUCCUCCAUCAAAUGGUUCUUCAAACACUAUGUCAGGCCAGAAGAAAAGUGGAACAAGAAAACUUGUGUUUCUCAUAAUCGUCAUCUCUGCCGUGAUUGUGGUCCUUAUUACUUGCUUAGUUUGCGGCUUUUACUGGUGGACGAGAGAAUUUUGUUGCCUUUGGAGAAAGACAUUGAAGCCUGGCGGAUUGCAGAGGAAGAAGGAAGAAGAUGACGGUUCAGAACAACGAGCUUUGAGGAGAGCAUAUGCGAUAGAUGGUGCACCACUCGAUUUGGCUAUCGUCAGAGCUGCCACCAAUGAUUUUGCACCAAGAAAUAAGCUUGGACAGGGAGGAUUCGGUGCAGUUUACAGGGGCCAACUACAUGAUGGUCAAGAAAUAGCAGUAAAGAGGCUGUCGUGCAAUACAGGGCAUGGUCCGAAGCAAUUCGACAAUGAGGUGCAGACACUCACUAAACUUCAACACAGAAAUCUUGUCCGACUUUUAGGAGGCUUUAUGGAAGCUGAAGAGAAGAUACUCGUCUAUGAGUAUGUGCCGAAUACAAGUCUCGACAAUUUUCUCUUUGGGGAGCCAAUGAAGCGUAUGCAAUUGGAUUGGCCAGUACGUUUGAAGCUCAUAAAUGGAAUAGCCAGAGGCCUCUUAUAUCUUCACGAAGAUUCAAGGCUGAGAAUUGUUCACAGGGAUCUGAAAGCAAGCAACAUUUUAUUAGAUGAAGACAUGAACCCCAAGAUCUCAGAUUUUGGCACUGCAAAGAUUGUUGACACAGACCAAACACAAACCGAAACACUUGAGAUUAUGGGAACUCGUGGAUAUAUGGCACCUGAGUAUCUUCUUCAAGGAAGGGUGUCAGUAAAGAUAGAUGUUUACAGCUUUGGUGUUUUGCUGCUGGAGAUGAUAAGUGGAAAGAAGAAUUUCUCCUUAAUCCAACAAGAGAAUGAUGAAAAUCUAUUAAAUUACGUAUGGAGACUUUGGGGGGAAAACAAGGCUAUGCAAGUUGUGGAUCAAAUAUUAGAAGGAACAUGUGACAACGAUGAGAUAUUAAGAUGCAUCCAUAUUGGCCUGCUAUGUGUCCAAGAAGAUGCAUCAAGCAGGCCCAAAAUGUCCAAGGUUGUUGCGAUGCUUGAAAACUGCUCCUUGAUCCUUCCAUCCAUUUUGCCUCCUGCCCCCUUACCUGGAAAAUCAGAAAGCUUUCUUUGGGAGCACAAACGAGCUCAACUAUAUCAGGAGCUGGUUCGGAGUUUGGUUCAUCUCCUUCCUGAAGCUUUGAGCUACUCACAUGAGGUGGAAGUAGAGAUUGUAAUUUGUUUCCUACCUUUCAAUAUAUCAUUUGAAUUGUUCCUUUGGGGUAUGAGCUUGGAACUUCUUGGUUAGUUUGUUGCAGAUGUGUUUGUUGUUUGUAAUAGUUGUCAGGAUGUGGAGAUGCCUCCGUAUAUACAUGAGUUGUGAUUUAA